CAAGCCACACCCACCAAUUGGGGAGUCCUUAGCCGCUUUCGCGGCAAGGUAACAGCUUCUUCAGCGAGCAAGCUGGAGCGAUCGGAAAGGCUGGACUUCUCAGCUCCCAACUUCACGCGGGACGUGUAUUACACGCGGGACGCCGAGAAAGUGGCGUGUGAGCGCGAACGGGCUCGUUUGAUAGCAGCCCGUGUUAUUCCUCCUCUUCCCCCCUCCCGCCGCCUCUCCGGGAGGGAGGCGAACAUUUCCUUUUCUUCUUGGAUCACCAGCACAAGCUCACUAUCAUCAUCAUCAUCAUCAUCAUCAUCAUCAACAUCAACAUCACCACCAUCCAUAUUUUCGCCACCCUAUCCUCCUUCUCCCUCGCCUAUUUCCAUUGGAAGCGGAUUCCGGAGGGGAAAGAUGUACGACUGCAUGGAGGCAUUCGCCGUCACGCCGCGGCAGCUCUACGAUGUUACUAACCGGAGCGCUUGCAUGCUGCGGAAAUCGAGCAUCAGUCCGUUUGCCUUGGGCUUGGAUCCCUUCGGGUGGCCCCAACCGGCCAGUCUACAAUCGGUGGAGACCCAGAGUACCAGUUCUGAGGAGAUGGUGCCCAGCUCUCCUUCUCCACCCCCACCCCCAAGGGUCUACAAGCCUUGUUUUGUCUGCAAUGACAAGUCCUCUGGCUACCAUUAUGGGGUCAGCUCCUGCGAGGGCUGCAAGGGCUUCUUUCGCCGAAGUAUUCAGAAAAACAUGGUCUACACCUGCCACCGAGACAAGAACUGUCAGAUUAACAAAGUGACUCGCAACCGCUGCCAGUAUUGUCGCCUACAGAAGUGCUUUGAGGUUGGCAUGUCCAAAGAAGCUGUGAGGAAUGACCGCAAUAAGAAGAAAAAAGACGUGAAAGAGGAAGUGGUGGUAGAUAGCUAUGAAAUGACACCUGAACUGGAAGAACUCAUCCAGAAGGUCAGCAAAGCGCAUCAGGAGACCUUCCCAUCUCUUUGCCAGUUGGGCAAAUAUACUACGAACUCCAGUGCUGAUCACCGAAUACAGCUGGACUUGGGUCUAUGGGACAAAUUCAGCGAACUGGCCACCAAAUGCAUCAUCAAGAUAGUAGAGUUUGCCAAACGCCUUCCCGGCUUUACCACCCUCAGCAUUGCUGACCAAAUUACUUUGCUGAAGGCAGCGUGCUUGGACAUCCUGAUGCUCCGUAUUUGUAUCCGCUACACUCCAGAACAAGACACCAUGACCUUUUCAGAUGGGCUGACCUUGAACCGUACCCAGAUGCAUAAUGCUGGCUUUGGGCCCCUCACCGACUUGGUUUUUGCCUUUGCUGGGCAAUUGCUUCCCCUCGAAAUGGAUGACACCGAGACAGGCCUGCUCAGCGCGAUCUGCCUCAUCUGUGGAGAUCGAAUGGACCUGGAAGAGCCGGAAAAAGUAGAUAAGUUGCAGGAACCAUUGUUGGAAGCGCUGAAGAUUUAUGCGCGCCGACGCCGGCCCAACAAGCCUUACAUGUUUCCUCGCAUGCUCAUGAAAAUUACUGACCUGCGGGGGAUCAGUACCAAAGGUGCUGAACGGGCCAUCACCUUGAAGAUGGAGAUCCCUGGUCCCAUGCCACCACUCAUCCGAGAGAUGCUGGAAAAUCCUGAAAUGUUUGAAGAUGAGCUGUCACAACCUCCAACUUCAGCAGAAGCUCCGAGCACUGAGGAGAGCCCAGCUGACACCAAAAGCCAAGAGGAGACCCCUUAGCACCUCAAGAAAGCCUGGAUCUAGGCUGAGAAAGGCUG